AUGUUACUUUAUCGAUUACUUACUCGUCCUAAAUCAUUAAAUUAUGAUUUUUAUCGAUUAUUAUCAGUCAGAUCUAUAAUUCAACCACGUCGUCUAAUAAAAUUUACUAUUGGUACAACUCUAUUAACUGGUCUUGGUUUUAUAUCUUAUACACUCUAUGAAUCUGGUCCUGAAUGGGAAAAAAUUCGUCGAACAAGUUAUUUUUGGUCUCAUAUGCUUCCAGUUUAUAUACAUUAUCGAUAUCAACAAAUGUAUUUUAAAUUAUUUCCAACAAAAAAUUCUGAAGAAGAAGAUAAAAUAUGGUCUAAUUUACAUAAUAAAUAUUGUGAUUAUGUAUUAAAUGUUGUUCUUCAUCAACGAGGUGUUUAUAUUAAAUUAGGACAAAUAGCAUCGACUCGUCCAGAUAUUGUACCAAAACCAUAUUUAAAAAAAUUUGCUCAAUUACAAGAUGGUGUACCAGCUCAAUCCGGUGAAUAUGCUCGACAAAUGAUUGAACAAGCAUUUGAUAAACCAUUAGAAGAUAUUUUUUCUGAAUUUAAUCCAAAACCUGUUGGUGCAGCAACUAUUGGACAAGCACAUGAAGCACGUUUAAAAGGAUCAAAUAAAGAAGUUAUUAUUAAAAUACAAUAUCCUGAAGUACGAAGACUUUUUGAAUUGGAUUUUUCAACAUUAAAAAAAUUUGUUCGAUUAGCACAACCAGAACAUUUACCUUUAUUUGAUGAAUUUGAAAAAGGUUUUCAAAUUGAAUUUGAUUUUAGAAGAGAAGCAAAAGCAUUAGAUAUUAUUGGUCAUAAUAUAAUGCCACGUUUUCCUAAUGUUGUUAUUCCACGUCCUAUUCCUGGUAUGUCAACAGAAUUUGUCUUAGUUAUGGAAAAAUUAGAUGGUACAAAAUUAGUUGAUGCACUUAAAAUUGAACAAGCAAAAAUGGCUACUGAACAAGGUAAAACUUUAGAAGAAUUUGAACAAGAAAUGAUGACAAAAUAUUUAUCCGGUGAACUUUAUCGUGAAGCUAAAAAGAAAUAUACACCAUCAGCUUUUAUUAUUAAUACUUAUGCAUCAUUAAUACGUACAAUAAAUCGUAUAAAAAAUUUAUGUAUUUUCAUAUAUAAUCAUACAAUUGUACCAAUAUUAAAACGAUAUCCAAUAGAUUAUAUUGAACAAUAUGUUUUUAUAAAUCCACAUGAAAUAAUUGAUUUAUUAAAUGAAGUUCAUGCACAUGAAAUAUUAAUUGAUGGAAUUUUUAAUGGUGAUCCACAUCCAGGAAAUAUUUUUCUAUUAAAAAAUGGAAAAAUUGGUUUAAUUGAUUUUGGUCAAGUACAAGAACUUUCUCUAUCUCAUCGUCUUAAAUUAGCUAAAUUAAUUGUUUUACUUUCUGAAGGUACAAAAGAAGAAAUUGUUCAACAUUAUAUAUCAAUGGGUACACGUACACGUCAUAUGAAUCCAUAUGUUAUAGAAAAAUUAGCUCGACUUGGAUUUGAUCGUGAUGAUCCAGAAAUAUGUGAAGGAAAAAAUGCACAAUUAUUUUUUGAAGAUUUAGGAAAAUUAGAUAAAAUUAUACAAUUACCUGAUGGAUAUUUAAUGGCAGCAAGAGUUGGAUUAUUAUUAAGAGGUUUAGGUACUUGGUUACAAUUACCUCAUUCAACAGCACAAAAAUGGACACCAAUUGCAAAAAAAUUAUUAGAUACAUAUAAAGAUAUAGAUGAACAGUUCUUAAAUAGUUUUGUAUCAGUCGAUUAUUCUUAA